AUGACACAUGUUAGCAACAAUAUUAGCAACAGCAGUACAGGCGGUAGCAAUAGAUAUAUCAGUAAUAAUAGCAACUACAGCAGCAAUAUUAGUGACAGCAGCAACGGUAGUAACAGCAACUGUAGCAGCAAUAUUAGCGACAGUAGCAACGGUAGUAACAGCAACUGUAGCAGCAAUAUUAGCGACAGUAGCAACGGUAGUAACAGCAACUGUAGCAGCAAUAUUAGCGACAGCAACGGUAGUAACAGCAACUGUAGCAGCAAUAUUAGCGACAGUAGCAACGGUAGUAACAGCAACUGUAGCAGCAAUAUUAGCGACAGCAGCAACGGUAGUAACAGCAACUGUAGCAGCAAUAUUAGCGACAGCAACAACGGUAGUAACAGCAACUGUAGCAGCAAUGUUUGCGACAACAGCAACGGUAGUAACAGCAACUGUAGCAGCAAUAUUAGCGACAGUAGCAACGGUAGUAACAGCAACUGUAGCAGCAAUAUUAGCGACAGUAGCAACGGUAGUAACAGCAACUGUAGCAGCAAUAUUAGCGACAGUAGCAACGGUAGUAACAGCAACUGUAGCAGCAAUAUUAGCGACAGUAGCAACGGUAGUAACAGCAACUGUAGCAGCAAUAUUAGCGACAGCAACAACGGUAGUAACAGCAACUGUAGCAGCAAUAUUAGCGACAGCAACAACGGUAGUAACAGCAACUGUAGCAGCAAUAUUAGCGACAGCAGCAACGGUAGUAACAGCAACUGUAGCAGCAAUAUUAGCGACAGCAACAACGGUAGUAACAGCAACUGUAGCAGCAAUAUUAGCGACAGCAGCAACGGUAGUAACAGCAACUACAGCAGCAAUAUUAGCGACAGCAGCAACGGUAGUAACAGCAACUGUAGCAGCAAUAUUAGCGACAGUAGCAACGGUAGUAACAGCAACUGUAGCAGCAAUAUUAGCGACAGCAGCAACAGUAGUAACAGCAACUGUAGCAGCAAUAUUAGCGACAGUAGCAACGGUAGUAACAGCAACUGUAGCAGCAAUAUUAGCGACAGUAGCAACGGUAGUAACAGCAACUGUAGCAGCAAUAUUAGCGACAGCAGCAACGGUAGUAACAGCAACUGUAGCAGCAAUAUUAGCGACAGCAACAACGGUAGUAACAGCAACUGUAGCAGCAAUGUUUGCGACAACAGCAACAGUAGUAACAGCAACUGUAGCAGCAAUAUUAGCGACAGCAGCAACGGUAGUAACAGCAACUGUAGCAGCAAUAUUAACGACAGCAGCAACGGUAGUAACAGGAACUGUAGCAGCAAUGUUUGCGACAACAGCAACGGUAGUAACAGCAACUGUAGCAGCAAUAUUAGCGACAGCAGCAACGGUAGUAACAGGAACUGUAGCAGCAAUGUUUGCGACAACAGCAACGGUAGUAACAGCAACUGUAGCAGCAAUAUUAGCGACAGCAGCAACGGUAGUAACAGCAACUGUAGCAGCAAUAUUUGCUACAGUGGGAAUUAUAGCAGCAAUGACAGAAGCAGAUGGCAAAUCAGCAACAGCAUCAGAAGUGUCAGAUGA